GGAGGGACUCGGAGCCCCGGACUUGGAGCCUGGCUCCGCGCUCAUCCUGUGCUGCUGUGCGUUGCUGCGUCUGUGUGGCUGGAGGGCUUGGCGGGAAGGGAGGGCAGGGAGAGGGAGAGGGAGAGGGAGAGAAGGAGUGCGCGCUCCCCGCCUUUGGCUCCCCUCCCUUUGGCCUCGCGAGGAGGAGGAUGAGGAGAAGGCGCCCGGCGGCCGGAGCGCACGAACCCACAGAGGCAGCAGCAGCAGCAAGAACCAGCCACGCAGGAGCAUGGUGAGCCCUCCCCUCGCCACCUUCUGAAGGAAAACAGGAGCCAAGAGGAGGGGAAGGGGGCCACCUUGGGGCCCACCCCUCCCUCCUUCGCCUGCCUUGGCCACUCCACCUCUUCCCCGCCAUGAGCCCGGCUGUGCCCUGCCUCUGAGGAGACCUUGCCAGAGGGGGCGAGGGCGACGACGCAGCCUCGGUUGCCAAGGUGACGAGAACUAUUCAUCAUGGCCCAAGGAUCCAGCGACAUGGAAAACACUGAUCUAGAGGAGAGCUCUCCAAACAUGAUUGUUUAUCGAAAGAUAGAAGAUAUCAUUACAAGAAUGCAAGAUGACAAAGCUGGUGGAGUGCCCAUCCGAACCGUCAAGAGCUUCUUGUCAAAGAUCCCCAGUGUUGUCACAGGGGCUGACAUAGUGCAAUGGAUCAUGAAGAAUCUCAACGUUGAAGAUCCAGCUGAAGCAAUACACAUGGGCAGCCUCGUCGCAGCACAGGGAUAUAUUUUUCCAAUCUCAGAUCAUGUGCUUACUUUGAAGGAUGAUGGUACUUUCUUUCGUUUUCAGGCUCCAUACUUUUGGCCUUCAAAUUGUUGGGAGCCAGAAAACACAGACUAUGCCAUCUAUCUUUGCAAGAGGACCAUGCAGAACAAAGCUAGACUGGAGCUGGCAGAUUAUGAAGCCGAGAAUUUAGCGAGACUACAGAGGGCUUUUGCAAGAAAGUGGGAGUUCAUCUUUAUGCAAGCUGAAGCACAAGUAAAGAUUGACAGGAAAAAGGAUAAAACGGAAAGGAAAAUUCUGGAUAGUCAAGAAAGAGCCUUCUGGGAUGUUCAUAGGCCAGUGCCAGGCUGUGUGAAUACAACAGAAAUGGAUAUCAGAAAGUGCCGCCGCAUGAAAAAUCCACAGAGAGUCAAAAAGUCAGUCUAUGGAGUCACAGAAGAUAGUCAGUCCCAAAGUCCUGUACAUAUGCCCUCCCAACCAAUUCGAAAAACAACAAAAGAUGAUGUCUGGAAACAAAUAACAUUCCUGAAUGUGCAGAUAGACAGACACUGUUUAAAAAUGUCUAAAGUAGCAGAAAGCUUAAUUACUUACUCAGAUCAGUAUAUUGAAUACGAUCCUUUUAUAACUCCUGCGGAACCUUCCAAUCCCUGGAUAAGUGAUGACACUGUGUUUUGGGACUUAGAAACAAGCAAAGAGCCUUCUCAGCAUCGUGUCAAAAGAUGGGGUUUCUCUAUAGAUGAAGUGUUGAAAGAUCCAGUGGGGCGUGACCAGUUCCUUCGGUUUUUGGAGUCAGAAUUCAGUUCUGAAAACCUCAGGUUUUGGCUGGCUGUCCAAGAUCUCAAAAAACAACCAUUGCAAGAUGUAGCUAACCGAGUGGAAGAGAUCUGGCAAGAGUUCCUAGCUCCUGGGGCCCAGAGUGCUAUUAACCUGGAUUCUCACAGCUAUGAGAUAACAAGCCAAAAUGUCAAAGACCCAGGGAGGUACACAUAUGAAGAUGCACAGGAACAUAUUUACAAGCUGAUGAAGAGUGACAGCUAUGCACGUUUUCUUCGUUCUAAUGCUUACCAAGACUUGUUGCUGGCAAAGAAGAAGCCGGAGAGUGGGCAAAGUCGUAGAACUUCUCUAGAAAAGUUUACUCGCAGUGUGGGGAAGUCACUGGCAGGCAAACGCCUCACAGGCUUGAUGCAAUCUUCUUGACAGCAUGGUCUCUGCAAGCAGUCGCUGACAUCUUCGAAGGACAGCUGCACUCAACCUCCGUCUCCUCCUCCUCUUCCUCCUCCUCCUCCUCUGCACGAAGGAAAUCUCAUCAGGGGGCAACUGGGUCACUGUGUGUGUACGGAUGUGAGGCCGUGCAGACAGAAGGAGGAAGUCCAGGAAAAGAAAAGCAAAUCAAGUUGGAGAGUCUGGCCCACUGGAGGUUCUUCUUUUCAUAGUUUACAUCAACACUUUUUUCUUACUUGUACAGCUUUUUAAUGGCACCAAGCUCUAUGAAGAUAUUACUCUUGUUUCUGAUUUGAUUUCAGGGGAGCACAGUUUUCAGAAUACAGGAGAUCAGCUCCAGCAGAAUGAGAAAGGAUGUGCUAUAAGUAUUAUUAUAAUGAGUGGCUCCUAAGAGAAAUCUGAGUAAAGAACAGUUGGCUCAGAUCAGUAUUCAUAAUGCAGGCAUUUUGCCAUGCUCCUAGCUGCUGUUGCUGCUGCCUCCACCAACCAUCACUACUGCUGCAUGUGCACAAACUUAAGUGCCCCUCUUCCACAUACAGUACUUAGGUAGGACUGACAUUUUGAGCUGUGGUCUACAGGCUACUCAUUUAACCGUAGCAUCUCAGAUUUGGCAUCCUUUCCAAAACCUAACAAUCUUCAACUGGGCAGCAUGUAACAAAGGGAAGUGCCAGUCUGGAGUAGAAAUGCAGAUUAGGAUCCACAAAGAAGAAUCAGGGUAAUCUGAAAGAACACACACAAAAUAUUUUUCUUCCCAUCUGACUAGAGACUUCCUAUAAGUUAAUUGCUAAAUAUAAAAGCUUCCUUUCAUUUCACAUCCCUCUGGCCAAUAGAAUAGUCACCAGAUGCUCCUUAUUUACAAGGAAGGGAGGGAGGGAGGAAGGAUGGAAGGAAGGAAGGAAGGAUGGAAGGAUCAAUCUUACCAGAUGGAUGAAUUUAAAAUCCUUCAGUUCGUCAUUCCAUGCCAAUUAGCUGUGCAAACAUGGAUUUGGGAACCUUAGCUUGGUGAAAGGAUCUGAGCUACCAGUGAUCAGCUACGGUUCUAGUCCACGAAGUCAGAUGUUAAGCUGCAUAGGAGCUUUCUGAUUUCAGUAGAGUUCUUUUGAAUUUACACAUAUGUGGCUUGGUUUCCAGGCAAGAGUAUCAAAAUGUUUUGCCAGAUCUGCACAACUUGUAUUGUGACCCAACCAUGUAUUGUGGUCUUAAUCUACCAAAUGUUUUGCAGCUCCUCUAGUUUUUUGGGGUUUUUUUGCAGUUUAUUAAAAGCAGAACAUACAGUAGAACACUAAACCACAAGGUAUUUGUCAUUUGUGGCUGGUGGAAGGCAGCAUUCUGCUUGCUUUAACACAGGUAGUACAGAUCUGUUUUAUGCACACAGUAAAAACACUAUUUCAAAUGCUGAAACUUGAUUGCUGGAAGAGCAUUUAUACUGUUAUGUAAUUGCACUUUUUGCAUUUUUCCCAUUAUAUUUAUUCCAUAGUUAUGUCAAAUAUAUUAAACUGAACCAAUGGAGGGUAUGAGACAUCUCUCAAGACCUAAAAGAGGUUACGAUCAAGUCAUUUCUGUUGGGAAAAUCUCAGUAAGAUUAUUUGAGGUUUAAUUGUCUGGAACAAAUCAGAUAUUCAACAAGAGAAAGAGAAGCUAUGGGGUUUCUUUAAAAAAAAUAAUCUAACCUUGUUAUAGUUUGGUAGCAAAUGGUUUUCUUGUGUAAUAUCACAAUAGUCAAGAAUGUGUUCCAAAAUAUGGCAAUAAAUGAGGAAUGUCUGAAAACUAUGUCAUAGCUUGGCUAGGAGCCGUAAUAUCUAGUUCGUUUCUCAAAAUCAUUCUCAUUGGCAAGAUCUCAUAAAUGGUAAUUUAACACAAAGAAACUUGCCCCUACUCCCAUACCCGGUUUGUUGUGAAAAAAGAAAGAAAGAAAAACAGGAUGGCAACAGCAAUAACAAAGUGAUCUAUUUCAGAACCUGGAUAUAGCUUCUAGUGUCACCAACUAGGUAGCUAGACUGUUCUGUACUCAUGAUCACUAUUUAGGUCAUGGCACUUGCGUCAGAUUUGGGGCAUAUGGGAGUGGACCAGGAGAGAUUACUGUAUGUGAAUUUGGUGGUGUAUUAAUCACAUUCACUGGAGAUGGUUAUCUCUCAGGAGUACCUUAGUGGUAAAUCCCUGGACUAGAUGUCUAGUUCAACCACUGCUGUGGAAUCCAAGAGUUGGGUUCCUUCCAGCUCUGUGUUUGUAAUUGAAAUUCUAUUUGAUGCCAAUUCUCAUUGAAAACAGCAUUUAAUGUGAAUUUUGUCCAGUAGAAACGUGGCCUUUGUACAUGAGUCUGACCCAAAGUUAGACAACAUGAGGCACUGCUUUAGGAGGCACAGUGUGGAACUAGAGAGUAGUGACAAGGUGUUGGAGAAUAGGGUUAUGAGUGCAAGAUGGUAGUAUGUUCAUUUUAAACUAGCCUUCUGGCCUCGGUGUAAGAGAAUAAUAAUAAUAAUAAAACUUUAUUUAUACCCCGCCACCAUCUCCCCAACGGAGACUCCGGGCGGCUAACAUGGGGCCAUGCCCAGAGCAAUACAAUAUAAUAAAAUAUAAAAACAACAUAUCAUAGAGAAGACAUGACAACUCUCAAUGACUGAUUUGGUUGGCUCCUAAGGUGAAGUGGGAAACAAUUUUGUCCUUUGCCAAAGCCAGCAAAAUGUCUUGGGGUGACCCAAUGCAUACGUCUCUGUACAUUAUUCAACUAGAUUAAAACAACAAAUAUUUCAGAUAUACAGCAUAGUCAUAGAGUACAAUGAAAUACUAUUAGAUACUAGAGAAAACUCUGCAAAAUACUCUGCAGCAACACAUAGUGGGCUCCUCAAUUUCACGUGUUGCUCCUACACAAGAGAAGAAAAUAAUUACUUCAUUCCCAAGGAGGAGAAAAUCUGAUAAUUUUGUUCUUGCAACAUCAUGUUCCAUUACUUUUUCAAAGUUCAUCCCUUUGCUUAAGUUAUGAGCAAUAGGAGUCCCCCAGUUCUUCUAAGGCUUGUUAGUAAACAAGCAUUCAGAAGGUUGCCUUUUCAUUGGACCCCAUUGCUCAGAUGCUUCUAGAUCUUUGUUUUUUUAAAAAUUAAAAAACAAGUUUAGUUUAUUCACAAUGCUAAAAGAUUAGAAGGCAACCAAUGCCUAAAUCACUGUAUAGAAGAUAAGAAAAAGGAGCCUCUGGUGGCCUAGGGGAUAAAAGCCUUGUGACUUGAAGGUUGGGUUGCUGACCUGAAGGCUGCCAGGUUCGAAUCCCACCCGGGGAGAGUGCGGAUGAGCUCCCUCUAUCAGCUCCAGCUCCAUGCGGGGACAUGAGAGAAGCCUCCCACAAGGAUGGUAAAACAUCGAAACAUCUGGGCGUCCCCUGGGCAACGUCCUUGCAGACGGCCAAUUCUCUCACUCCAGAAGCAGCUCCUGACAUGAGGGAAAAAAACUGUAAAGAAAAUGAAGGCUGUCUUAUUGCUUGCAAUUUUUAACUGAAUGUGAAUUUCACUCUUCUAUGGAAAAGCCAGAGAACUUGUGGCUCUAUGAAUUUUGUAGGGCAACAUUUCCUAUCAGGCUUGUCAAACCUGGGUAUUCUAGCUCAGUGACAUCUGAAGUUCCCCAACCUUAAUCUGAAAACAGUGUACAAUACUUAGGCUUUAUCUCAGUGUAGCUCUAACAGUGAGGAGUGAUCUUGCACAGGAACAUCAUAGAGGAAGCUUAUUACUCUGUCUUUGGUAUGAUGCUUUGUUAUCUUCUGCAUAGACAGUGGGCACUGGAACCGUCUGACCAUUCCUGGAAUAAGUCCUUGUUUAAAAAAGGUGGGUGUGGCACAUCCAUCUCUGGGAGUGUCAUGAUUUUAGUUUGGAAUUAUCUUGAACCUCUCACUAUAUAUCUUUGUGUAUCAGCCCAAGGCAGCAAUGGGCAGAUAUGGAGCUGAGUUAGCUUCACAUUUAGACAGAUUCAUUGAGGCACGAUUAAAGAGACAUGGCAUUCCACUGUAAUUGUGAUGACGAUGUUUGAAUAUGCUGAAUAAUCAUCAGGUUCUAUUUUCACAUCCAAAGUUUCAUUUUUUUAUAGCAGGUGUUGCUUUAAAAAUAUUUAUUUAUUGCCAAAAAGUAGCCAGUUUGCCUAAGGAUACAACAGUUCCUGCUUAGACAGGUAAUUUGAGCAUAUCCAUUUGGGGUUGCUCUGGGAUUGGUAUAGUUUUAUCAGAACAAGGGGAAAUUACUUUUUUGGACUGCAUCUCACAGACAGUAUUGCCAGUGGCUAUGCUAGCUGAAAUAUUCUUGAAUACUGUUUGUGACUUACUCUUGUGUAUCCUGGGGCUACAUGAGCGUAUGCCCUUUUUCAUACUUUGCAAAAAGCAGUUUCAUUACACCUUCUUCCCUCACCCCUUAUGGAAGGCAAGGUUAUUUCAUGGCCAGGGAGGGUAGGAGACAAUGUUACUGAUUAGGAGCAUUUCUACAGUUGGGAGGAGAUAGCUGAUGUUGUUCUCCCUGAUUUUCAACAGCAUUAAUAUAACAUCCUGGAGAAAAACACCAGUUAUUUUCUACUGGCUGAAGAUUUGCAACCAUACACAAUCCCUCUCUCAACUCUAAAACGGUUGUAGGGCGAUAUGUUUCAAAUACAGGACUUCAUAAAGGUACAAAAUUACACCAUUCUCUUAAUUUUAUCAGCUGAGACUGCAGAACAGGUGUGGGGAGAAAAUAUUUUGUCCCAUGCAAUCAUUGCACAGGCCUUUUCUAUUACUGCAGAGGGUUGUCUAGCUCUUCUCCAGGUGCCUUUUCUCCAGCAUUUUACAGAAGAUGAGAAAGAAAUGCUGCCUACUCUGACCUCUUCCAAACUGGCAGCCUUCUGAUCCUGCGGCACAGGAGAAGGUGGCUGUUACUGCCAGUGAGCAGUGUUGGCUAUCAGCAGCAAGGACAAAAAUUUGCAGACAAUUUACCCCUUGGCUCCUUUCGGCAGCAGGGCCUCAGGCCAGCUGGAUUGUACCAAUCCGCAGCUGUGCCUCCCACCAAAAGCAACUGGGCAGCAUGCCUGCUGCUUUUGGACUGCAGGGAGAGCCGAGCCAUGUGCAGCAAUAGAUAGCGCAUCUUGAGCAUCAUAGCAUCUGUGCUCUACACCUACCUUCUGGAGGUAAUUUAGCUCUUAGCAACAUGUUUUGGCAUCCUGUUGAUUAUAGACAAAAGGCACAUAUUAUUACCGGGGUGGGGAGAGCUAUCUUGUAUGAGCCUUUUAUGUAGGUUCUUCAAACUGCUAAAAUAUGUGGGCAUUGAAAUUCAUCCCGUUAGGCUUUUGCCACCCCAGGCAGGAUUUCAGCCUCAUUGUCUCACUCCCUGAUUCAGAGCACAUCCUUCAGAACUCGCGCCUCUCAUAUUCCUGCCAGCCAAAAAGACUAAGCUCUCUCUUUAAAUAACCCAGAAAGCUGCAAAUGAAAAUUAAGGUAACCCAAAAUGGCUUCAGCAGUAUGAAUCUAUGAUAUGGCAGAAAUGGAGAAUCCAUCUUGCAGAGACCCAUAGUCCUGUAGAAUUGGGGAGGGAUACAAAGAACCAUCUAAUUCUCUGCCAGUGUAGGAAUCCACAACAAAAACAUAAUAGAGAGGUGACAAUCCCAUCCCUGCUUAAAAUCCUCCAUUAAAGAAGAGCACAUGGACCUCAAAACCAUCUUUUCUGCUUUUAAACAACAUUGAAAUUAGAAAGUCUAUAGUUUCUUCAAUGGCCAUUUACUUCAACCAUGUGGUAUGCAGGAAUACACAACUAAAAUUCAUGCAAGAUGCCUACCAACUGCUGUUAAAAGGUUUAGAGAAUUUGCCACCUUCUGAUGCAGUCUAUUCCACUGUAAAGGCAUUUUCCCUAAUGUUUAGGUGGAAUCUCUUUCCUUGUAAUUUGUAUCAUUUAUUUGUGUUCUAAUUUCUGGAGCAGCAGAAAACGUCACUCCAGUUUCUACACGGCACACCCUCAGAUAUUUCAGGAUGUCUAUCAUGUCACCUCUAAAUCUUCUCUUCUCCAUGCUAAAACACAUUCCACAAAAUACUUGGUUUCCAGGUCUUCGAUAUUCUUGGUUAUUCUUGGUUGCCUUCCUUUCAACGUGUUCCAGCUAACCAAUAUCUUUUUUGAACUGUGGUGUCCAGAACUGGACACAGUAUUCCAGCUGAGAUUUGAUUAAAGUAGAAGAGAGUGUCUCUACUACUUCCCUGGGUUUUAGUGCUAUGCAUGCAUUGAUGGAGUCUAGAAUUGUAUUCGUUUUUAUAGCUGCCACGUCACGCUUUUGACUCAUGUUAGCUUAUGGUCUACUAAGAUCCCUAGAUUCUUUUCACAUGUACUGCUUUCAAGCCAUGUGUUCUUUUAUUGUUCUUUCCAAUGUUUAGUAAUAGUCCCUUUUCUUUAUAGCCUCUAUUUUAAUUUGAUCCUUUUGGCUCAAAUCCUGUUUUUGAGGCUAGCAAAAAUGACUCCAUCUUUCACAUGAUAAUGCUAUGGAUAAUUAAUGAUGGUUAUAGUAUCUCAGUUCUUCAGAUUAAACAUAGUCAGAUCCCCUCAACUGUGCCUCAUAAAUCUUGGUUUCCAGACCGUUUACUAUCUUGAUAGCCCUCCACUGGACCUGUUCCAGCUUGUCAGUAUCCAUUUUCAAUUGUGGUGGCCAAAACAGGACACAGAAUUCUGACCUUUGGACUCAAAAGAUAUGCCAUUAAAAGAUACACAACAACAAAUGAUCACUACCAGUGUUAUUGGGCUCAACUCCACAUUCUUAGUUUUUCAUUUUCUAGAGUGUUCAUAUGUUUGUUGUGUAUCUUUUUAAGGCCUAUCUUUUGAGUUAGUUGUCUUAUGUAGAGAAAAGGUUUUCAGAUGAACUCAUCAGCUUUACUUUUCCUUUCAUGUCAUCUAAAUGCUAUGAAUAAGGGAAUAGGAUGCAUAUGUUAGUCUACCUGAACAAGUAUAUAAAAGUCUCCACAACUGAACUAGACCACUCUAUGUUGUGCAUGCUGCACUUAAUCUACAAAAAUGUACUUGAAUGCCUGGAUUUUUCAGAGGAUUUUUAUGAGAUGAUGCCAUAGUGUUAAUUCACUCCACUUUCAGCACUACUGUUCUAAAGAGGCAUAUACACAAAAAUGUACUUUUAUCUAUGGCAACCUUGGUUCACUCAACUGGUUCUCAAGACAAAGUUCAUGGAGACUGAAUACUUGACAGUGAGCAACACAACCAUUUAACAUUGUUGAUUUGCAGAAGUAGAACACUGUCUUAUGUUGAAUCAGACCAUUUGGCUUGUUUAAUUUGGUAUGAUGAACUUUUUACUGGCAGUGAUACUUCAGUGUUUCAGGGAAGAUUAUCUCCUAAUCAAACCUGGACUAUAAUAAUGAUAAAAUAAAUGUUAUUUAUACCCCGCCCCCUCUCCCCGUAGGGACUCCGGGUAGCUUACAGGAAUCCACAAAUGCAGAAAAAUAUAAGCCAUACAUAAUAGACAACAAUAAACUAUCAUUUAGUACAAUUAAAAUAAGCAUUAAUAAAUAACUAUUUAAAAGUUAUUUCUCUUCUAAAAACAAUUUAAAACAACCAACCAACCAUGGGGAGGGGGGAAAGAAGAGCAGAGUGGCCCCUUGUUGUUUUUUGUGGGAAAGUAAGGUUCAGGGGGAUGCAGCCCCUUCCCGUCUGGGGCCCUGCCACCUUAAACCAUGGCUUCAAAGUCCUGCAAAAUGACAAAAAAAGAAUGAGAGAAAUGCAGAACCACUCUUCAGCCCAACACAGAGGGGACUCUGGCUGGCUCUUCCUCUUCUUCUUUGCUUUGAUGAAGAGGUAGCCAGAGGCCAAAGCAAGACGGAUGCUGGGAGAGCGGGGGGAGGGCUCCUGCAACCUCUUCCCAACCCUGCUUCAGGAUGAUGCCUGAUGUCCAUUUUCCAUCAUCAUCUCUGGUUCAAGCCCUAAGACAGAUGAGAGGCUGAUGGCCAAGACCCCAACUCCAGAAAGCAAUGGGUGUCCAAACGGGUUCCAAUUAGCCGUUGGUCUUCAGCUGGAUGCAGGUGCUAUUUUCACAAGUACAGAAUCUGGAUUGAGAGCUUCCUCGUGCUCCUGAGAGCAGACGGGUUCAGGUUCAACAGGUCCUUCUCUGUGAGGUCACUCUCCCCUUUGCCAACAGGAAGGGUGACAUAAACAUUGCUGCUGCUUGCCAAGGGGCUGCCGUUGGUGGAGACACUGAAGACGGGUUCAUGGGGCCCACAGCCUGGGGGUUUUGAAGAUGCUGAAAUGAAACCUGUGAGCAAAUCCCGGGGUGACCCCCUGGGUGGUGGCAGCGUUUCUGUGCCCUUUGAGCGUCAGCAGAGUGGUCAGCUUGCCUUUGCUGGCCCUUUGGUUCCAUCAAAAGAACAGUGAGUGGCCAUUCUUCGUACACAAGGGAAAGCCACGCUUUCCCUUGUGUAGCUUCUGCUCCAGAGGGAGACGGAUUGGGGCCUCCUCUUCCUGCUGCAAACUCUUCCUCAAGGGCAAGAUGGGGGCCCUCACCUCCUCCUCAAUGGUCUUGAUGGGCAGCUUGAAGUUCACAGCUUUAUGGACAGUUCUGACAGGGACCACAAAGCUUUGGAGGUCAUUUCUUUGAUUUCCUGGACGUCUGCUCCCUCCAGGGCAAGCUGCUUCAGGGCCGUCUUGUCUUCUCUAGAGAUUCCUCAUAUUCUUCAGUGGUCUUUCAUUAAAGUACAAGCUAGGCCUAAUGCUGAUUAUCCUAUGAAAUUAGGUGAAAUUUAAUGUGUUUUGAGUGAUAUGAUGCUUUCAAUAACACCUCAGACUUCUUGAACAAUGAUCUACAGAUAAAUCAAAACCUACAAUUACAUCCCUUAAUGGCUCAGCUGCAGAAAUCCUCUUUUCUUUAUUACUUCUUAGAAAAGGGAAUUUUGGAAAUUGGAAGUUGUCAUGGGUCUAUUCAUUCACAUCUUUAUUCUGGGACUAUACUUUUCAAAAUAAAAUUAUCUCCCUCGGCACCUUGUUCUGUUGGUGAAAUGUCUGCAGUGUGGAUGUUUCCUUCUAAGGGUGAACAUAAAUCUGCAGACCAUUACCAUCAGUCCUCUCACAUUUUGUAUCAUAAACACAGUCUGUCCUAAAUUAUUAUUCCCAUUUCAAUUCUGACGUUCUUUAAAGUGUUCAACUGCAAACCUAAAUAAUUAUCUUUCUGUAGGCACAACACAACCUGCAUUUCCCAUAUGCCUUCUUCCUAUUAUCCUGUUGGGUUUUGGUAGUUAGCAGGAGGCUUCCUCAUUCUUUCUUCUGUAAAGAGUGAUUGUUUCUUUGAAGAUGGUACUCACUGUCUGUAGAAUUCACAAGUGUUUCACUAUGGUGUGUGGGAAGACAUCUCGUCCGAUAGGAUGAAUCAGAUCAUAUUCCACUGAAGAAGCAGAAAAGAAUUCUUUGCCUUCCAAAGCUUCCUCGUUAUUGUUGUGCAAACUUCUGCAUACUAUUUUCAAGUGAUGUUAGCAGCAAAAAGAGUCAUCAGAGGAGACUUUUGAUCCACCAAAUCCAAUGUCCUGUUAUUCCACCAACAUCUCUCUGGAAAAGGAGGACAGUGUGGGAAAUCUGUCACUGAGAUAUUUAUCUCCCCUUUAUUCUGUCCAUGGCCAUGGUCUGGCCUGAUGGUUGAAACCUGGUAACACUUUACAUUAACAGUUAUUCCACCAUGGAGUCUCGGUUAUAUGUGUCUACAGACCAGUUAAUUACUAGCAACUACUUUGCUAAUUAAAAUUCAUGUAAUGAAUCCAAUAAAUUCUUGCAGCCAUGUUUUGAAAUGGAACUACACACCUUACAUCUUUCCAUUCUUAUGUUCCAUAUAUUGUUCUAACAUCCCCAAGCUUCCCUGUUGCACCAGUGCUUUUUGCUGAUGGAAAUAUCAUUUCUAAGAAUACUUGUAGUGAUCAACUGGUCACGCACAUACCACACAAAGUAUGGGAAUACCUGAAAAUAUGCAUGUAAAGCUGUCCUUAGACCAACCCAAGUCUCAAGAUUAAUUUCUUUUUCUGUGUAGGAAAAUCACUGUCAGCUUAUGAAAUGUUGAUUAGCUGCCAUUCUGAUAGAGAAGGGCUUGUCACACACACCAAGUCCUUUAGGAUAUGACUAAGCAAUGUAUUUUAGUCCUAGUGUUGUGGUGAAAUCUCCUAGUCCUGAAAGGGUACUUUUGGGGCUACACUGCUGCAGUCGUGAAAGUCUUGAAGGCAUUCUUCAUUGUUGACUACGCCAACCCAAACUUAAACCUCAGUCUGAAAAAAUGUAUCAACUUGCAAAUGAGUUAUUGGCUCCACUUGUGGCAACACAGAAAAUUAUAUUGCUGUUGUUUGAGAAAGGCUUGCUAAUUAUCCCAAGUAACUUAAAAUCUCUGGCACUUGUGUGUUAUCAUUUUAUCUGCUGCUUCUGUGAUAUUCUCUCUUGGUCCAAACUCAUAAAAUCAUAGAGUUGAAAGGGCUGCAAAGCACUGUCCAGUAUUACCUCUCAUUCAGUGAAGGAAAACCAUUACAGCAAGUAGCUUUAUAGCCUCUUUUUGAAGAUGUUCAGAGCAAGAGGCCUCACCAUCUCUCUAGAUAAUUGGCUCUAUUGCCAAGAAGUUUCUUCUAAUGUUACAUCAAAAUGUACCCCCCUUCUAACUGAAAAUCAUUAGAACUGGUCUACCCUUCUCUGUGUGACAGCCCCUUUAUAUUUAAAGAAUGCAGUGAAGUCAACACUCAGCCUUCUGUUCACCAGUGUCAACAUGCCCAGCCUCCUCAGUUUUUUGUCAUAUGUUUUGCUUAUUAUCCUUUUUGCCUUUCUCUGAACCUGCUCUAAACUGUCUAUAUCUUUUCUAACAUCAGGUGCUCAGUAUUUCAGAUGAGGCCUGACUACAGCAGAAUAUAACUUUUCUUGUCAACUCCAGUUCUUUUAAUGCAGAUUAAAUCAUUAUUUAUCUUCUUUGCUACAGCAUCACACAACUGGAUCAAUUUAUGACCAAUAAUCCAAAAACCCAUUUCACAUGGACUGCACCUAAACCAAGCAUUUCUCAUCCUAUAAAUGUACAUUUGAUGUUUGUAGAUUAAAUGUAGAACUUUACAUUUGUCUCUCACAUGAAUGUAAGGUCAAGUCACCUGUGAACCCCACUUGGAAUACCACAAAGCCAAAUUCUAGCUUCAGUGCUUUGUGAACUCUCCCUGCCAAUUUGGUGGAAAGUGCAUUAAAAAGUGCCCAAAACAUCUUCAAAAUGUUUGGAAUGCUUUCGCCAACUCCACUCUGGAAUCCUCCCAAGUACCUCUUUUUGGCUAUAUAUUGCUCUUAAUGCAAGUUGUAUAAUAACUAGAAGUGAUGCUGAGUAGCCCACAUGGAGUGUGUGGUUAAAUUGGCAAUACCAGAGGUCUUUAUUCAUCUCCUUUUCUUCAGUGUUGGGAGUAGGAAUCUUUGCGAGUAUCAGCAAGACACAUUCAGAAAUUAAAGAUGAUGAAGGGAGUGUGCAAGACUGCCAUCCCACUGCUGAUUUCUUUGCAUGAAAGGUUGUUAGUUUGAAGAGGAGAGUUUUUUUUACUGUGGAGGCUCUCCACAUGAUCCAGAAACCUGGAAAAUCAGCAAUCAGAGUCCUGUGGAGAGCUUCCAGGCAUACAGUAGGUUCCACUAUAGAUUCCUUACUUGUCACAGGAACAAAGUGAGGGUUCACUCUACUCCUUAUUUGUUCAUAUAAACUUUUAUUGAGCAGCUAAAUAAGCUAAAGGGUCUUAAGUAUAUCUCUUUGGCACCUUCCAGAUAAACCUUUGUAGAGCUCAGGAAACUGCCUUUUUGAAAAAUUGCUAUUUAUAUUUCCAGUGCAUCUGGGUAAUUGAUUACAAUUGCACCAUAUUUUCUUUUUUUUUAAAAAAAACCCUCCCAUUUCUCAUUAAGUAAAAUAAUUAAUAUUAGGUUUGUUUUUAGAAAGGAAAACAUCUGAAUACUACAAGUUACUGGCCUCUGGUACAAAAUGCAUUCUGUCUUAACGGGAAUCUAAAGCAGAUUGGCCAUCUAAAGAUUAUGAAUCUGCCUUAGAUUUUGCCACACUAAUUCUGCAGCCACUACAGGCUGAACAGGAGCCCUGCCAGUGCUGAAUUAGGAUCCAGCACCCGCAGAGCACAUAUUUAACUUAAAAAAGCAGCAGGUAAAUCCAAAAUAUACUUAUAACCACUGCAGGAGCUCCAAAUCAACCACUGGUCCCAUCUUCCACCCACCUUGUCAUCUCAAUCCCAAAAAAUAAAGAACAAGACAACAACACCAUGUGAGCCAACUCUUGAUUCAUGUAAUAGCUCUUCACCACAGUUCCAUAAUGAUAAAAAUAAAAUAUUGAAAGUUACAUUUACUCUACAUUGAAAACUAAGUUAAUCCUCAUUCAUUAAACUUUAUAAUUUGUUGGUAUGCUUUUGUUAUUGCAGGGCUAUGAAUGAUUAGUUGUGCAUAAGUGGUGACUAUACGAUUUCUGUAUUUGCAGUGGAUAGACUUAUCAUCAAAAUGGGAAACCAUGGAUAAUGGCAAAGUCUAUUGAAAUGAACAAUUUACACGAAAAAUUACCAUAGAAUUGCCCUGGAGAACUCAGAAAAUUCCUAAAGGGGUAUCAUCUCUAUGAAUCACCUGGAGGAUCUAGAAAAUUCUGAGAGAGAACAUAUUUCGUCAGAUGGUAGUAGAUAAGAUCAUGGGUAAUUGUCCCACAGGUAUCGGGCAUGUACUGCACUUCCAAGCUCUUAACAUUUACACACAGAGAGCUAAAGUCAGUGAUGUGAUUCUAGAUCUCCCGUGUCACACUGCCAUCAUUGAUGUCAAUCAUUAAAUGGGGACACAUUGUCAUAUAGGCAUGACUGAAAUCACCAUUGUGAUCUGAAGCUCCUUUUCCCUUCUUUAAGACCAAAGAAAGCUAAGACCAAAGAAAGCUACUUUGAUAGCCGCUUUUGACUUCCUGCCAAAAGAGGCAGGAACCGCACUCCUGCUGGGUCUGCAGAUUGCUGUCUUGAGAUGUGACAAGAUUCCUGCUUCUUCUCCCUACAUAAACCGUUUCCAAAAAAAAACAGCUGUGUUACUAAAUUAAGGUGUUCCUGGAUACCUUUGAUUCAAGGCAAUCUUAAACCAGACUAGAGCCAAAGCAGAACCCAAGACCCCACUGUGAGGAGACAGGAGAGUCUUGCGACAUCAGAGGAAGAGAGGAAGAGAAACUCCUUUUGUGUCCUGCCUUUGCCUUUGCAUUCACUUUGGACAUCCCUGAAUUAAAUAGAACUGCAGAAGCCUGCCUUUAAAAACAUUCCCUUAAUCUCCAGUAUUAAGACAUCCUGGGCGACACAUGAGUCCCAACACUGGACAGUGGUUUUGAUACACAGUAUUCUCAAUAGUUACUUUCUGAGCCUUCCUUUGAAACUGCUGUGGUGGUUUGAAUGUCUAUCUUUAAUCCCAUUUCUCCAGCUUUGUUCUCAUUUUUCCCUUCAAAAUGCCAGCAUUGUAAGUUGGGGUUCAAAUACUCUAAAGUAGUGCUACUCAAAGUGCACCAUCAUUGGUCUGUGAGUCAUUGGCUGCUUGUCCACAGAACCUUUCCAGGAAAACAAGAAGUAGUUGCAGGGAUGCUAAAAGAUGCAGCCCAACAACGUUUGUAGAGUUGCACAAGUCCUACCCAUUGCAAAGUAAUAAAGAAAAUAAUAUUUAUUAUAGAAAUACUAUCUAGACAGUUUGAGAUAAGUUUGAACUGCUAUGGCUAGCUGGGAGUGAGAGAAGAAGGACAUGAAAGCUGGCAGACUGAGUGAAAUUACCCUGGGAAUUUUGGUCUACAUAAAGAAGAAGCUGAUCAGACAAAAUAGAGACAAAAACAUAACAAUCUUCCUCCAUUAUUACUGCUCUUUGUACAUUCAUAGUCCAAGAAAUGUUUCACUCCACUUUCAACCAGAAGUACAGUUUUGAAAGCUGUAAUCAAUUUCAGAAAGACACAGACAAAAACAAGCAUUCUCUGUUUUGCUUUGCCUUUUAUCAUGAAUCUAUGUGAUCCCAUCAAUAAUUGCUGAUGAUUAUGAUAAAUCUAUUCCCUUUCCUCAAAUUGGGAAUCAAAGAGUCUUGCCAAACAUAAAAGAGAUCAACGUUAAGAUAAAAUUAAACUACCAGCCACUGCCCAUUUCAUGGCCCUUAUUGUAUCCUUAAAAAGUUGUCCCCAUUACGGUAUGAUAUAUGGAGUAGUUGUGACUAGAUAUAGUAUCAUGAUGAUCAUUAUUUUAAUCCCUUUUGUGAAAGAUUGUAGCCUUUGGUAAGAUUAUUAUUCUUUGUGAGAGAUUGUCACAUAAUGUCCCAAACAUAUCUAUGAGGAUUAGGUAAAAUACUGGACUACAGUCUUCCCAACCCUAGUUUUAAAUGUGUCGUGAGAUUCCUUCCCUCUCUGCAUAGCACUGCAACAAACUAAACAAAUCUCUUUGAGCAAUGCAUAUAGAGGCUUGUGCUAAAUGUGUUCAUGGUAACCAGCCUUUAUUUUAAAAUGGUUUAUAAAGAUUUUCCACUGCUUUCAGUCUCCCCCACUCUCCAGCAGCUCAUAUCAUCAUAUGGGAGGGGGGGUUGGGGAGGUCCGCUUUCUUGUAGUUUGAAUUUCCUGUCUUGGAUCCAAUGCUCUGGAGCAGGGGUCCCCAAACUUUUUAAACAGGGAGCCAGUUCACGAUCCUUCGGACUAUUGGAGGGCUGGACUAUAGUUGGCCACCGAGCAAUAAUAAUAAUAAUAAUAAUAAUAAUAAUAAUAAUAAUAAUAAUAAUAAUAAUAAUAAUAAUAAAUAAUAACAACAACAACAAUAAUAAAAAGAGGGUUGGAAGAGAUCCUUUGGGCCAUUGAGUCCAAUCCUUUUCUGCCUUUGUGCACCAAAAGCACAAGCAAAGCACCCCUGACAGAUGGCCACCCAGCCUCAAUGUUAAUAAUAAUAAUAAUAAAAUAAUAAUAAUGAUAAUAAUAAUAAUAAUAAUAAUAAUAAUAAUAAUAAUAAUAAUAAUAAUAAUAAUAAGGGUUGUAAGAGAAGAAGAGACCCCUUGGGUCAUUUAGCCCAACCCCCUUCUGCCCUUGUGCUGUGGGGGCCGGAUAAAUGGCUUUGAUGGGCCGCAUCCGGCCCCCGGGCCUUAGUUUGGGGACCCCUGCUCUGGAGCAUGAGAAGACACAUUUAUGAUAUUAAUAAGAAUCUGAAGGUGCUUAUUAUAGCUCCUUUUGACUGUCUCAUCUCUAGACUCAAGAUAGUCAUCUCCUUUUCCUCAACCUUUCUUUGUGGUGAAAAAUCCGCAUUCUUUUGAUGGUCAGCAUCAAUAUUCUUUUUAAAUAGCAUACAGCUCAAACAUCCCAAACAAACAUUUCCUCAAGACUUAUGUGCCUGAUGUCUUCAUCUUAGCUUCAUUAAAGCCCAGUUGACUGUUCUCUUUCAUUGUUUUAUGACAUUAGGAUGAACGUCCUGACAGUAACAACUGUUCCACAGAGGAAUAUGCUGUCUUGGAGGGUAGCAGAUUCUUCUUCCUUGAAGGUCUGUAAACAAAAGUUGGAUGGCCAUCUUUCAGAGUUAAUUUAGUUGUGUAUUCCUGCAAAAUUGGUGGUUGGAUAAUGUUCCUUUCCAACUCUUAUGUUUUUCUGGCAGCCCACCACACAUUUUUUAAAUCUCAUUCAGCCCAAGUAGAGAAGGGACAUUUAUUUUUUAAAAUAUUUUUGUUGCUGUGACUGCUUUUUUAUUGACCCAGAGGAACAAAUUGUGAGAACCAAGAUCUGGGAGAUACCUCUUCUCCGAUGACUGUUAACUGGAAGGGAGAAAAGGGGGCAGCUCCAAAUCUUCAGACCCAAAUGCCUCCCCAGUUUUCAGUGCCUAACCAUUUUUUAAAGAACCCCUUGGGGAUUCCUUAUAUAGACUACCAUUACUUCUUCACUAUAUUUCUUCAAAAAACGUGGGAUGCUAAAAGAGGAAUAAGCAAUCAUAAAUAAGAGCGUAUGCAAAAGACCUGCCAAAUUUCAUCACCUUUCACACUUCCCAUUCAGGAUACAAACACAUAUUGGCAAGCAAUGUGAGAAUCCAUGCAAGAAAAGCUGACAUUCAGGUGUAAGUCCAGAUGGUGCUCAUUUGGAGGUUAGGCAUGCAAGUCUUUGAUAUAAAAUCGGAAGCUGUCAGCCAUGAAGGGUAAUCAUCUCUCUUCUCUCAGGACUGUGACCAGCUGGACAGUUUGCCAUUAUCACAGGUGGGAGAGAGAUGGCGAAGGGAAAAAAAGGUGACAUUCAUAUAAUCUGAAUUGGUCGCACUAUGGUGUUUAGUGGGAAAGGAGAUAAAUUCAUUUUAAAUGUUCACUUACCUAGGCCUAGCUGCAAUUCCUUUUUAGAAAAAUGUCACAAGCAGUCAAGAGAUUUUGAAAACAUUCGCCAUUCAUUAGUAGUCUUCCCAAACUCAUAUAUUUACAUUUUGAGCUGUUCUACCCCUAGUCUUGAAGUCAUUUAAAAUAUGAGAUAACAUCAGAUAAAAUCAGGCAUAAGCAGUAGCCAAGUUUAAAGCUGUUAAUCAACUUGUAAUUGGCCCAUGUUAUCUUUCCCUUUAAAUAUUACAAGACCAUCAGCUUGGAAACUAAUGCAAGGGGUAUCUCACUUUCUCGGCUAUGGUGAAAAAAGUCCUUUAGAGCAACUCCCAGAAGUGCAUAGACCCUGACAGUGUCUGGACCAUGAGGUUGUCAAAUACAAAGAGGGAUAUUAUUGCAGUGCCUGUAAGAAUCAUAAAGGAGCUAGAAAGUUUGGUAUCCAAGAUUUCCUCCACCCUGUACUACCAAGCUAGUAAAAUGUGAGUCAACAGUGUGAUGUGACAGCUUAAAAGGUCCAUGUGAUUCUAAAUUGCAUUAAUAGGAGUGUAGUAUCAAGGGAAGUCAUAGUCCCACUCUAAUCUUCUUUGGUCAAACCUUAUCUGGAAUACUGUGUCCAGUUCUGGACACCACAAUUCAAGAAGGUUAUUGACAAACUGGAAGGUGUCCAGAGAAGGGUGGCCAAGGUUUGUAAGCCAAGCCCUAUGAAGAACAGCUUAAGAAGCUGGAUACAUUUAGCUUGGAGAAAGGAAAGUUGAGAGGAGAAAUGAUAGCCAUGUUAAAAUAUUUGACAGGGUGUCAUAUUAAGGAGGGGCAGGCUUGUUUUCUGCUCCUCUGGAAACUAGAACAUUGAGCUGAAAUCAAAUUACAGGAAAAAAGAUUCCACCUAAACAUUAGGAAGAACCUUCUAAUGGUCAGAGCUGUUUGGCAAUAGGACAUGCUGCCUUGGAGUGUGGUGGAGUUUCCUUCUCUAAAGGUUUUUAAACAGAGGCUGGAUGAUCAUCUGUUGGGAAUGUGUUCCUGCAUGGCAAGGAGUGGCCCUUGUGGCCUCUUCCAACUCUGUGUCUCUAUUAUUCUUAUAGAGCAAGUUAUCACUUGCUGAGACUAUCCCAUUUUUUAAAGAUAAAGGAGUACUGUUUCCUUUUUGUGGGAACACAGAAUAUUGCCAUCUGUCUGUAGAUAAAUACCAACACUGUUUAUCCCAGCCUUCUUCAAUCUGAUGCCUUCCAUAUGCUUUGGCUUUUAAUCUUCAUUAUUCCUGCUUGGGACUGGUGGAGUCCACCAUGUUGGAGAAGGCUGGCCUACUCUCACUGUCAAGAGCCCUCCAGAGUUUUAGACACAUCUUUCACAUUACUUGCUACUUGACUCUUUCCAAUUAGAUUCCAGAGAUCAGAUUCCUGCAAAGAACAUGCCAGGCCACUGAGCUGCUCAGCUGAUCUUCCUACUAGCAUCCCAUGCCAUACUGUCUUGUAUAUUAACAGGGUACACACUGAAGAUAGAGUGGGGAAAUGGUGUUGGAAUUCUCAACUGUCAUCAGUCCCAUCCCAAAUGGGCAUGAAAGGAAUUUGAAUUUAAAAAAAACAUCCUGGAGGGUUUCUGGUUUCCUAUUCCUACAUUUAAAAAGUCAUAUUUGUAUGGAAGCAACUGGCAAAUAUUAAGUUAGCCAUGAAGCUUGAAAAGCACCUUUAAAAAAAGGCAAGUGAAAACCAUUUGCCUGCCUGUAAGAGAGUUAGAAUCUCAUCACACGAGCAGAGGAAUAGAGGGGAAAGUGGAGGGAACCGUCCUCCUUUGUUUUCUGGGAUGACCCCCCCCCCCCCCCCAUCCCACAUAGUUUCCCAUCCUUUGCCCUCCCUUCCCUGGCUUCCUCUUCAUAUUCUUCAGUGAGGAGUCAGAUAACACCUGACUCCUCCAAAGCCAUUCUGGGCUCCAGUUCUCCACAUUGCUGAAAUAGAGGCUCACGGAGUCCCACCAGAAGUUGCCAUGCAUCAUGUGAUGGGCUCCAUGGGACUCCAUUUUGGCAAUGUGGAGAAAUGAUAAGAUGCAAAGAAGACUGUGUCUGAUAAGAUCCUAGGAAUGGUGUGAUUUGAAAGUUGGACCAAGGGUCUGGAUGGCCAGGGUUCUAAUCGCUUAUCAACCAUGGAAACCCACUGGGUGAUCUUAGGCAAGUCCCAUUCUCAACCUCAGUGAAAGCCACAGACAAACCCCUCUGGACUAAUUCUGCCAAGAAAACCCUGAGAUGGGCUUGACUUAGGGUCACCAUAAAACACACAACAAGAGGACAAUCGGACCACAUGGCCAAUGGAGAAAUUUAUAACUUUGGGCCACAGUAACACUUUGGUGGUAUAGAUGAAAUGAUAUGAAAAUCCCUUCAUAUUGUGCAUUUUUCUUCACCUCCAAUAUUGAAAAACAUGUAUAAACAAACAUUGCACAGACUUUUAAAAAGGGCCUCAAACUUGAAACAUAGCACACAAAUAAAUCAACAAAAAUCUUUAGCUAAAGUUAAUGCCUGUUACAGUUUGUGAUAGUGGAAUCUCAGACCAUUUUUUCUGCACCAACCAAUACCGUAAUCAGCAACUUCUGUUUUCUAGGUUACCAAAAUGUAGAUGAUUAACUAAGAUCAGGUGUCUCUUCCCAAAGGGUGAAACUUAUCAUGACUUAUGGGCAAUAUUGAGGUGCUAUAUGUGCUCAUGGCAAAUGAUAGAUCUUAUUUUAUUUUAUUUUUUUCUGGAGACAAAGAUCUGUAUUGCUGUUUAACUUUGUGAUGAGGCAGUUCUAUAGAAAAAGUUACUUGCUUGCAUGUACAUAGGUUAUCUAUAGCAACAGUUUAUGGAAAUGAAUAAAAUAUAUAUGUACCAAAAAUGCAAUAGAUUAUUGGAAAGAAUAAAUUAAGCCCUACACACGUUUCAUUAAAAUA